AUGCUCAUGGAUGGACUGAUAUGGCCCUCCUUGUUCCCCUGCUGCUGGCUCAGCCCCUUGGGCUCAGCACCUCUGACCCACUUCCCUCUCUAUUUCCAGACCGGCCUCAUUGUCGCCUGCUACCAUGGCUUUGUGGAUGCUGUGGUGGUCUUGGCAGAGUGCCCCCAUGUUGAUGUCAACUGGCAGGACAGCGAGGGGAACACCGCCCUAAUCACAGCUGCACAGGCAGGGCAUGCCACCAUCACCAACUACUUGUUGAACUACUUCCCUGGCCUUGACCUUGAAAGGAGGAACGUGUUUGGGUUCACGGCCCUGAUGAAAGCGGCCAUGCAGGGCCGAACGGAGUGCAUCCGAGCCCUGAUGCUAGCAGGGGCGGAUGUCCACGCCAGGGACCCGCACCGUGGGAUGUCGCCCCGGGAGUGGGCCACCUACACGGGGCGGACGGAGGCGGUGCGCCUCAUCGGGAGGCUGCUGGAGCGCCCCUGCCCGGAGCAGUUCGGGGAAAAGUACCGGCCAGAGCUGCCGCUGCCCCUCGAGGGGGCUCAGAAGCCAGGGAGCUCCAAAAACUGCUUGCAGAGGCUCACGGAGUUUGUGCGGUCCUCGCUGACCUCCCGCGCGCGCCAGGGCCUGGAGGACGGGGGCGUCCUGGACCACAUGGUCAGGAUGACCACGAGUCUCUACAGUCCCGCUGUGGCCAUCGCCUGCCAGACCGUGUGCCCCGAGCACGCCCCCUGCGUGGGGAAAAGGCGGCUGGCAGUACAGGAAAUCCUGGGGGCUCCCGGGGCCCCCGACACCCGGGCCCAGGAGAGGGACCAGGUGGAGGACCCCGAGCAGCAAUUCCGGACCUCCCAGGCGGGGGGUGCCUCCAGAGAGGGGCCCCCGAGAGCCAGCCUCGCGGCUUCAUUUGGCUAA